UGGAGAACUGUUAAAGUACUCCAAAACAUUUGUUACAUAGAGAGGUUAAAUCGUGCUACACGUUUUCGGAGUACGAGGUUUUUUUCAAUAUUUGCAUCAAGAAAUCUGUUUUUUUGGUGACUGUCAUUUCUUGGGAAGGAUUACAUCCUCUAUUCGAAAAAUAUUCCUGAACAAAGAAAUUAGUAGCUGCAGUGAGCUGCUGUAAAAUACAAUGAAAUGUCACUACGAGGUGCUUGGAGUCCCGAGGAAUGCAGCGGAAGAUGAGUUGAAGAAAGCUUACCGGAAACUCGCGCUCAGAUGGCAUCCUGACAAAAAUCUCGAUACAACCGAGGAAGCCAAGGAACAGUUUCAGUUAGUGCAACAGGCUUGGGAAGUCCUGAGUGAUCCGCAUGAACGCGCGUGGUAUGACAAUCACAGGGAAGCAAUUUUAAAAGGUGGAAUCGGCGAAAAUUACAAGGACGAUUCCAUCGAUCUAUUCCAAUACUUUUCCACCGGCUGUUUCAAGGGAUACGGCGACGAUGACCAAGGUUUUUACACAAUUUACCGUACCGUUUUCGAGAAAUUAGCUGCGGAGGAUGCUGAUUUUUCCAAAGAAGGCGACUCGGACGUCGAAGUACCAGGUUUCGGGGAUUCUAAAAGUUCUUACGAAGACGUGGUUCAUGAUUUUUAUGCCUACUGGCAGAGUUACAGUACAAAGCGCUCAUUUGCUUGGCUCGAUCCUUAUGAUAUUCGCGACACUCCCAACAGAAGAGUGCUCAGGAUCGUCGAGAAGGAAAACAAGAAAAUUCGCGAUAAAGCGAAACGCGAGAGAAACGAGCAGGUGCGGAAUUUAGUUGCUUUUGUGCGUAAACGUGAUAAGAGGGUGCAAAUCUAUGCUCAAAAACUUGCCGAGAAGGCGAAGGAAAACGCGAAAAAAGUUCAGGAACGUAAAAGGCAGCAAUUGUUAGAAAGGCAGAAGGAAUUGAAAGAGCACACUGUUUCCGAGUGGUCCAAGUUUACCAAUAUGGAAUCUGAAUUGAAAAAUAUCGAAGCUAAUCUCGCAGCGGAGUUUGGUGAAGAAUUGUCCUCAGAUGGAGAUUCCGAGAAAGAGGAUAUGUUGAGCGACAGUAAUGCUUUGUAUUGUGUGGCUUGCAAUAAGAUUUUUAAGACACAAAAGGCAUUCGUCAACCAUGAGAAUUCUAAGAAGCACAAAGACAAUUUGACAAGCAUGAAGGCAGGGAUGAUUGAUGACGAUGAAGAGUUCGAAACAAGUUCAGAGGAAAGUGACGCUGAAGAAGAAGGAACGCCGAAAAAAUCAUCAAAGAGAGAAAGUCCGGGGAAAAGAAAGCCAGCAACUGGUCCUGAAAUGCCGGAUUUUUUAUUAACGCCGGCUGAGAGUAAAACAGGAGAUGAAGAUGGCCAGGGCUCGGAAGAGGAGAUGGAUUCUGAUUCUGAAAAGAAGAAAAAUAAAGGAAAAGGUAGUAAUCUUGAUAAUGCUGCCACUGAUCCCCAGAUGGGCGAUGCUAUAGAUUUAUCGUCUCCAAAAUCAGAUACCGGAAACGAUAACAACAGUAGGACGUCUGAAGAUGAGCUGAUUUCGGAUCAAGAAGACGAAGCUGAUCAAGAGGACAAAGUCAUCGUGAAAUGCAAGAAACACAAGAAGAAAAGGGGCAAAAUUAUUCAAAAAGCUUUCAUGGAGCACAACAGCGACGAUGAAUCCGACUUUGGGGCUUGCAUGGGAUUAUCGAAAAAGCAACGCAAGAAGCAGCAGACCAAGAUAGUUUUAGAAAAAAUCUCACAAAGUAAGUUAGGAUCAGGGAACAGGCUUGAAGUAGAGGACCCUAGUAAUCGAAAGGACAUGGAAUUGAAUGAGGAUCCUUUCCAGGGCAAUCAGAGUAAAGGAGAAGACGGUGAUGAUGAGUCGUUACAGGAGGCGAAUAUUGGCUCAGUUUUGGGAAAGCGAAAGGGAAAGAAGGCUAAAGAAAUGAGGAGAGCUCAGAAGCAACUUUCGGAAGAAGACAAGGGAAAAAGUGCCAAAUCCAAGAAAGACUCGCGAUCAGCUGACACGGCUGAAGAUAAUUCCAAUUCUUGUGUGACGUGUAAAUCUGUGUUUCCAAGUAAAAAUAAGUUAUUUGAACAUUUGAAAAAGACUGGUCAUUCUGUGUAUAUACCGAAUGUAGGAAAAGGUAAAAGAAAUUCUGAAGCAGUGAGUAAAGGGAGGGCAAAAUCAAGUAAAAAUAGCGAUUGAGGAUAUAUAGAAAAAUAUUCUUUAGUCUAAUUAUUUCGAUCUAUGCAACAACGUAUUAUAAUUGAUAGCGAACUCGUCUUUCUUGUAUGUAAUAAUAAAUAAUGUACCAAUUGGUUGCAAUACAAAGUUUUUUGUUCUUUAAU